UUGUAAUAUUGAUAUGAAUUUUUGAUUUAUUCCAGGGUUAUAAUGUAAAAAAUUAGAUUCAGUAUUUGCUGAUUAGAAAUGUCUGAGUGUCACACUAAGUAGUCCAGCUGUGAAUGGGAAGAGCUGAUAAUGUCAAAGCUUUCUCUGAGAGGAAAGACGUCCUCUGGUAAAUUAAGCAGCUGGGUUCAACCGUCCUUCGGGGACCUUCUGGGAGGCUCCGGGCUGAGCAGGUUCUCCACUAAGGGAACAGUCUCGGGUGAAAGCAAGUCCAAAGCGCGUCCAGCUAACACAGACGAUGGAGGAAAGAGGCCUGGAAAGAGGAACAGAGACCCUCAAACCUCCCAGCUCGAGGGCGUUUCUAGCAGACGAGGGUCGGCGGAGAGCCAGGAUGAACCCUGGGUGGACGUGUACGCCCCUCAGUCGCAGGCCGAGCUGGCGGUCCACAAGAAGAAGGUUGAGGAGGUGGAGAGCUGGUUGAGGGUUCAUCUGGACCUGAAGUGUGCCGACAAGGCCGGUGCCAUUCUGUUGCUAACAGGCCCGUCUGGUUGUGGAAAGACGGCCACGGUUCACGUCCUAACCAAAGACCUGGGUUGCCAGAUCCAGGAGUGGACAAAUCCCACCACGUGUGAGUCCUGGACAGACGAGUCCUUUAGACAGAGCUUCGAUCCAGACUCCAGAUUUAACCGUUUCCAGGGCAGCUCACAGACGGCUUCCUUCCAGGAGUUCCUGCUCCGUGCAAACAAGUAUAACCGACUCCAGAUGAGCGGAGACGAGCGUGGUCAAGAGCGGAAGAUCAUUCUAGUAGAGGACUUUCCAAACCAGUUCUACCGGCAGCCAGGAAACCUGCACGGCAUCCUCAGGCGAUUCGUGAGAACCGGAAGGUGCCCGCUGGUCUUCAUCGUGUCCGACAGCCUGAGCGGAGACACCAGUUCCAGACUUCUCUUCCCCAAGGAGAUACAGGAGGAGCUGGGCGUCCAGAACAUCAGCUUUAAUCCCAUCGCCCACACCAGCACGAUGAAAGCGCUGAGUCGGAUCGCGUCCCUCGAAGCCGGCAAGCGUGCCGGUAAGAUCUCCGUUCCCGAUAAGGAGGCGCUGGAGCAGCUGUGUUCCGGAAGCUCGGGAGACAUCCGCAGUGCCAUCAACAGUCUGCAGUUCUCCUCUUUCUCCGACCUCUCUCUGGAGAAGAAGCUCUGGGCCUCCAAAAAAGGAAGAUCGAGCGCGAAGACCUCGGCGAGAUCCAAGGGCAGGAGCCGACGGGCCAGAUCUACGGACGCGCCGGACGAGAGCCCUGCCGUGGGAGGGAAAGACGCCUCGCUGUUUCUCUUCCGAGCUCUGGGCAAGAUCCUCUACUGCAAGAGAGAAAGCUACGAAGCCUCUGAAGCUCCCAAGCUACCGGCGCACCUCGCGGAACAUCGGAGAGACAAGCUGCUGGUCGACCCCGAGCUUGUUAUCGAGCGUUCUCACAUGUCCGGCGAGCUCUUCAACCUCUACCUACACCAGAACUACCUGGACUUCUUCUCCGAAGUGGACGACCUGGCACGGGCCAGCGAGUACCUCUCGGACGCCGACUUCCUGACUGCAGAGUGGACAUCCAGAUCCACGAUGCUGCCGUACGGAUCCUCGGUGGCCACCAGAGGGCUCGUCCACUCCAACUCCGCCCGCGCCCGAGCGGCCGGUCAGACCUCGGUGGGAUUCAGGCCGCUUCACAAACCCCACUGGCUGCACAUCAGCAAGACGCACCGCGAGAACUUCCUCUCGGCUCAGUCGCUCUUCGUCGGCUUCUGCCUGUCGCCCGUCGGCCUCGCCACCGAGCUGGUGCCCUACCUGGCCAAGCUCAGCAACCCCAUGAGGAACCCAGCUCAGAUCACCUUCAUCCAGGACGUCGGGCAUCUCUCUCGCAGGAGGUUACCUGGCAGUUCUUUCAGAUUAAAACUGGACGCGCUCGGAGAUAAAGACCCCGGACGCCUGGAUUCAGACAGCGAGAACGAACAGACCGCAGAGCUCUCCGGGACUCCAGGUACCACGGUCGCGCCGAGUCUUCCGAGCAGCCAGGACGCUCCGGGCGACCUCCCUGCCAGCCAACCUCAACCGACCGGCGCCGAAGCCCUACUGGAGGACGAGGACGUCCUGAUCGAAGAGUACGACAGUGACUGACCAAUCACGUUCCUCCAGCACUCCGACUCGUCCGCGGGAUUUUUGUUUAGGAUUUUUUUAUAAUGUGAAUUAAUAAUAUUUAUUUUGGUUUAAGAGACUGUCCGGCGGCGUGGAUCUGUACCCGCUUGGUAUCACAGUGCCCGGUCUAGGACUUCGGUGAAUAAGUGUUUUGGUGACGCCGUUGGACCUGUUGGACCCCCUUGUGUGUUUGUUCCACCUGAAAACGCAAUAAAAGAUGUUUUGCAAUA